AUGACUUCCUCAGGGGAAACAGAAAAGCCCCCAAAGCCCACCGACUCCUCGUCCACCUCGGGCAGCAACAGCAGGAGCGAUGACGAGCCGCAGCCGCAUCUCCAUGCCCGGACGUUCCUCGCUGUCGUUGCCGUCAACUUGAUCUACGUCGCCCAGCUCUUUGCCCUGGUUGGCGCUGGCUCGCAAGGUCAAAUCAUCGCUGGACACUUUGGUCGGACAGAUCAAGUCACAUGGCUGACCGCUCCCAUCACGAUUCUCACGGUCGUCCUCGGGCCCAUCGUCUCCCAGGCCGCUGACUACUGGGGCCGCAAGUGGUUCCUGGUCGUGCUCUCGGCCUUCGGUGCCAUUGGCUGCCUCAUCGUCUCGAGGGCUACCAGCAUGUCCAUGAUUAUUGCCGGUUUCACCGUUGUCGGUCUGGCUUUUGGCGCUCAACCUCUCCUUCAUGCCGUUCCGUCCGAGGUCCUGCCUCGCCGCUUGCGUGCUUGGGCCCAGGGUUCCGUCAUGAUUGCCAACGGUAUCGGUCUCGUUGCCGGUCUGAUCGUUGGCGGUGCCCUGAACCGGAACCACAACCCCAAUGGCUGGCGCAACCACUACUACAUCUCCACUGCCAUUUUCGCGGCCGCGGCCGUCAUCUGCUCUUUUGCCUACCGUCCUCUCCCUCGCCCUCUUGAAACAACCCUCACCUUCAAGGAGAAGAUCUCCCGCCUCGACUGGAUCGGCUACAUCCUGCUGGCGAUCAGCCUGGUCUUGUUCUGCAUGGGCCUUUCGUGGUCCCAGAACCCGUACCCAUGGUCCGACCCGCACACUUCUGCCACCUUUGCCAUCGGUCUCUUCUUUGGCCUGAUCCUUGUGGCGUACGAGACCUUCGUCAAGAAGGAUGGCAUGUUCCACCACGGGCUCUUCCAAAUCAACCGCAAUUUCGCCAUCUCUCUCGUCUGCAUUGCUUGCGAGGGUAUCGCCUUCUUCGCUGCCAACAUCUACUUUGCUUUCCAGGUCAACGUGCUUAUCACGAAGAAGGUUCGCUGGGUCACUGUUUUGGCCUUCCUCAUCUUCGUCGCUUUCUUUGUCGCCAUGGCCACAACUACCAAGAGCACCAAUGACCCUGUCUGGGGUUAUGCUGUUCUGAUGGGCUGGGCUCUCGGCAUGACCCUGGUCACUCUCGUCGCCGCUGGUCAACUGGCCGUUACCGGCGAGCUCAUCUCGAUUGCUAGCGGUCUGAUGAUCAGCGUUCGCUCGCUUGGCGGUACCAUUGGCAUUGCCAUCUAUAAUGCCAUUUUCAUCGAGGCUAUGAAGCACCUGGGCACCAACGUUGCUAAGGCCGCUAUCCAAGCCGGUCUUCCUCAGGCUUCUGUUCCCGAUUUUAUUGGAGCCCUAACCUCUCAAAACGAAACUGCCCUAGGCCUUGUUGAGGGAGUUAACCCUGAAAUCAUCGGUGCUGGCGCUGGUGCCCUCCUUGAUACCUAUGCCAAGGGCUUCCGGAAUGUCUGGAGUGCCGCUGCCGCUUUUGUGGCUCUCGGUGCUAUCCUUGCCGUUUUCCUGCUGGAUUCCACCAAAGACUUCAACAACCACAUCGAUGCCCCUGUCGAGAAGGAGGAGGACUUGUACUCUGCCUCGGAGAAUCAGUCGACUAAGGCGUAG